AAGCCGCGGGGCCUUCUAAGCCAGAAAGUCUCCGGAGCUUGCGCUAAGCUAUUUGCGGCGCCCCUCACUUACACGCAGGUCUCAGAAACAGGCGGGGGGAAAAGGCGUCGUUCCUGGAGCUGAGACCAGGCGGCCGGAGUCCUCAGGGAUGAACCUCGAGUUGCUGGAGUCCUUUGGGCAGAAUUAUCCGGAGGAAGCCGAUGGAACCUUGGAUUGUAUCAGCAUGGCCCUGACUUGCACCUUUAACAGGUGGGGCACGCUGCUUGCGGUUGGCUGUAACGAUGGCCGAAUCGUCAUCUGGGAUUUCUUGACAAGAGGCAUUGCUAAAAUAAUUAGCGCGCACAUCCAUCCCGUUUGUUCUUUAUGCUGGAGUCGAGACGGCCAUAAGCUCGUGAGCGCUUCCACGGACAACAUAGUGUCGCAGUGGGACGUUCUUUCUGGUGACUGCGACCAGAGGUUUCGGUUCCCCUCACCCAUCCUGAAAGUCCAGUACCAUCCGCGAGAUCAGAACAAGGUUCUCGUGUGUCCCAUGAAAUCUGCUCCUGUCAUGUUGACCCUUUCAGAUUCCAAGCAUGUUGUUCUGCCGGUAGACGAUGACUCCGAUUUGAACGUGGUUGCAUCUUUUGAUAGGCGAGGGGAAUAUAUCUAUACGGGAAAUGCAAAAGGCAAGAUUUUGGUCCUAAAAACAGAUUCUCAGGAUCUUGUUGCUUCCUUCAGAGUAACAACUGGAACAAGCAAUACCACAGCGAUUAAGUCCAUAGAGUUUGCCCGGAAGGGGAGUUGCUUUUUAAUUAACACAGCAGAUCGGAUAAUCCGAGUUUAUGAUGGCAGAGAAAUCUUAACUUGUGGAAGAGAUGGAGAGCCCGAGCCCAUGCAGAAGUUGCAGGACUUGGUAAAUAGGACCCCAUGGAAGAAAUGUUGUUUCUCUGGGGAUGGGGAGUACAUAGUGGCUGGCUCAGCCCGGCAGCAUGCCUUGUACAUCUGGGAGAAAAGCAUUGGCAACCUGGUGAAGAUCCUCCACGGGACAAGAGGAGAGCUCCUCCUGGAUGUGGCUUGGCACCCCGUUCGACCCAUCAUAGCAUCCAUUUCAAGUGGAGUGGUAUCUAUCUGGGCACAAAACCAAGUAGAAAACUGGAGUGCCUUUGCCCCAGACUUCAAGGAGUUGGAUGAAAAUGUGGAAUAUGAGGAAAGGGAAUCUGAGUUUGAUAUUGAAGAUGAAGAUAAGAGUGAGCCUGAGCAGACAGGGGCUGACGCUGCCGAGGACGAGGAGGUCGAUGUCACCAGUGUGGACCCGAUUGCCGCCUUCUGUAGCAGUGAUGAAGAGCUGGAAGAUUCAAAGGCUCUAUUAUAUUUACCCAUUGCCCCUGAGGUAGAAGAUCCAGAAGAAAAUCCUUAUGGCCCCCCACCGGAUGCGGUCCAAACCUCCCUGAUGGAUGAAGGGGCUAGUUCAGAGAAGAAGAGGCAGUCUUCAGCAGACGGGUCCCAGCCACCGAAGAAGAAACCCAAAACAACCAAUAUAGAACUUCAAGGAGUACCUAAUGAUGAAGUCCAUCCACUACUGGGUGUGAAGGGGGAUGGCAAAUCCAAGAAGAAGCAAGCAGGCCGGCCUAAAGGAUCAAAAGGUAAAGAGAAAGAUUCUCCAUUUAAACCGAAACUCUACAAAGGGGACAGAGGUUUACCUCUGGAAGGAUCAGCGAAGGGUAAAGUGCAGGCGGAGCUCAGCCAGCCGUUGGCAGCAGGGGGAGCGAUCUCAGAACUGUUAUGAAGAUGCUUGAAGUGCUUCGUUCUUCCCCACUUUGCCAUCAUGUGGCCUCUGGACACUGUGGUCAGUCAUUUGAGAUUGACUUUAAUUUAAAACAAAGGCCUCUGCCUCCAACCCAGGAGGUACAAGGAGGGAAUCGUCUAUUUGAAUGAAGAAGUGAAUUAUGGAAGAAGAGUACGCGGCCCUCCCCUUCAAACAUAAGUCCACAUAGGCUCUCAGGAAUGAGGAUUUGUGAAGACGUCACCAGGAGUUUGGACUCAUUUAAAAUUCAAUGCUUAGUUACGUUGCUGGAGAAAAGAGACCAGUUUUGCUCCUCUAACUCUUGUGCCCAGGAUCAUUUUGACUUGAUAUUUCCUAUCCUAUUUGCCUUCCAUCCUCCGUGCAUGUCCUCAAGUGACUAAUUCUCAUCUGAAAUUUUGCUGCCGGUAUCCUAGAGAAACUUCUGUUGCAUAUUCUGUCUUCCAUUUUUGAACUUAACUCUCUCACCAGAUACCCUCCUGUAUUUCCCUGCUGUGUACGGAGGCUGGGCAGAAAGGAAAGUGCUCGAAAGCUUUCAAGUUUUUGGAAAGGGAAGAAGGAUGAGAAAGACCCCCUCUUCUUAACAUACCCCAUUUUGCUCAAGAAGCUGGGCUGUAAGAGGGUCGAGGUUUUUCUCUGUUUUCCUUUCAUGGCAUGUUUUCCUCCAGUAGUGGUUCACUCUCAGUAAUCAUGGUUUCCGAAGAGCACUGGUUUCGUCCAUCCGCAGCAAGGAAUCAUCAGUAGUUCAUGUGGCUUCACCUGUGCUGGCGUCCAGAGAGGAAGACAACCUGAGGUGUCUCUCCACAACCUGCUUUUUCAUUGGGGUGGGGGAAAUCUCCACGAGGAUGGAAGUCAAAUCGUCCAGAAUCAAAGCAGCAGCAACACAGUUCAAAUCAAAGAUCAAGGAAAAAUUGUUUUUUAUCAUUGCGUGUGGAUCUCUGUCCCUUCCUU